UAUAUAGUUUAGUAGUUUGAUUAGGAUGAAUAAGGCGCGAUAUAAAUGAAAUUUAUGAGAUUUACAUAGUCGAUUUGUUUUUAGGAUCGCAUGGAAAAUAUUAAUAAUUAAAAUUUCUCUUUAAUGAAGAAUUAGUUUUUGAUGCUCGUGUUUUGUAAACAUUUAUUUUUCGAAAGCUUCGUAGAUAACCUGAACGUCCAGUGGAGCAUGUAAAAUUGCUGUAUCAUUCGUGAAUUCGUAAAUAUCAAUGAAAAACAUGAAUUCGAUAAAGAUUGAAUUUGCUGUGCAAAUGGAAUGCCAAAAAUGUGUUGAUUCUGUAAGAAAUGCUCUGCAUAAAGUGGAGGGAAUACGUAACGUUCAGGUAUCUUUGGACCAAAAUUCAGUAAUUAUUGAUACAAAUUUGUCGCAUUUAAAGAUACAGGAGAUAAUUGAAAAUACUGGCAAGAAGGCUGUGCUUAAGGGUUACGGAGAGGAUAAUUACAGCGCAGUUUCAAUGUUGGGGGGAAAUUCUGGUUAUAGUUUCGGUGAUGUUAUAAGAGGAGUGGUUCGGUUUGUUCAAAUUGAAAAAGGCUGCAUAAUAGACGGUACGAUCGAUGGAUUAACAACAGGUUAUCACGGACUACACAUUCACGAAUGCGGUGAUAUUUCAAAUGGCUGCGAGAGCGUAGGCGAACACUAUAAUCCAUACCAUACACCACACGGAGGGCCGGACGAUCCACCAUCUAAAAGGCACGUCGGUGACCUGGGAAAUAUAAUGGCAGACAAUAACGGAAGAGUUACAUUCAGAAUGAUCAACGAUCUCGUCGAUGUCAGCAGUAUUUUUGGCAGAUCUCUAGUGGUCACAUCGAAGAUGGAUGAUCUUGGUAAAGGUGACGAUCCUGCAUCCAAAAUAGAUGGGAAUAGCGGGAAAAGAUUGGCCUGUGGCAUUAUAGCACGAUCUUCUGGGCUUUUUCAAAAUACAAAAAGAAUCUGUGCUUGCGAUGGACUGACAUUGUGGGAUGAAAGAGAUAAAAGUGUCAUCAAACAAAAGAGAAAUAAAAGCGCCUUAAAAAUGAAUAAUGUAUGAACUGUAGCUUGAUUCACACAAGAACCAGUG